UUAGCAUCGUUACUGGCAAGGCCAGGAAAUCGACAUUGCGCUGAUUGCGGCCGGGACAGCCCCCGCUGGGCAAGCGUCAACUUGGGCGUCUUCCUUUGCCGCGAUUGCGGCAGUAUCCAUAACCGUCUCGGAGUCAAUGUAUCCAUAGUCCAGAGCCUAGUUUUGGAUUCAUGGCAGAACAC